AUGGGGCCCAAAGAUGCAUGUUUUUUGGCAUUGAUUUGUCUUCUGGGCAUCACUGACGCUCAAGACAAACCUACACCUCUUGUAAUAUGGCAUGGAAUGGGAAACAUGAAUAUUAACUAUCAGUUAAAAACAGUGACCUACCUCGAGAGCCCACAAGGACCACGCCCCCCCCCUUCAAGAUUUAGCAACUUUUUGCUUCUUCUUCAGCAUGGGGCACUCAAGAAAUUAGUGGAGGAACGCAUACCUGGAAUAUAUGUCCGCUCAUUGAUGAUUGGCGAAAACAUCAUUGAGGAUGAAGAGCAUGGCUAUUUUGGAAAUGUAAACAACCAGGUGGAUGAAGUCUGUCAAAAGAUAGCAGCCGACCCUGAGCUCCAGGGAGGAUACCAUGCCAUGGGAUUCUCACAAGGAGGCCAAUUCCUCCGUGCCGUUGCCGAGCGCUGUCCUCAACCAGCCAUGCGCAACCUGAUCACGUUUGGGGGACAACACCAGGGUGUUUUUGGCCUCCCAAACUGCCCUCCCGAUAACUUACUCUGCGAGGAGAUGCGACGUCUCCUUAAUCUAGGAGCUUACAUUGAUUGGAUCCAAAACUCAUUGGUACAGGCACAGUAUUGGCAUGAUCCUCUUCAUGAAGAUGAAUACCGUAAUGCAUCCAUUUUCCUGGCAGACAUCAAUAAUGAGGAGGUCAUAAAUGAGUCAUACCGUGAAAACCUCAAAAAGCUGGAGAACUUUGUCAUGGUCAAGUUUGAGGAGGAUUCCAUGGUUGUCCCUCCCGAGAGCGAGUGGUUUGGAUUUUACAGUCCAGGCCAGGAUUCCGAGGUCUUACCCUUGCAGCAGACGCAGCUCUACAUUGAGGACCGUCUGGGACUGAAGGAAAUGGACACAGCAGGAAAGCUCCACUUCCUUAGUGUUGCAGCUGACCAUCUCAAUUUUGAUGACCAGUGGUUCCUGGAAGAGAUUGUUGAUAAAUUUGUGGUUUAAGGUCACCUUGAUUUUAGUGCCUUUAAUUGGAUAUUUCUACAACAGAUAAUUCUGAUUACAUUGUCUUUAUUCAGCUGUUUUUAUGUAGAUUAUUGUGAUUACAGUGUGUUUCCUCUGAAGACUUAUUGUUUUAUUUUUGUAUAAUAUUUCCUCAAAAUUUUUAGCUAAUUGAAUGAAUUUAACAUUUGCACUCACAUACCAAGUGUGUUGUAAUAUAUCAAUUUGACUCUACAGUGUAUUAUUUUAUUGAUAUAAAGGCCUAUUUAUAUUU